CCUUGGGAAAUAUUCCCAAAUUUGGAAAACCAUACUUUACAGAGGUAAGGCUGAUGGCAAUAGCUUGGCAUUGGUUUGUUACGUACUUUAUGAUCAGCUGGAGCAUUGCACAAGCCAACACACAAGAAAAUAUCGUUUUUCAAGCAAAUUAUGAGGAUCUAAACAGGGGCUGUUGGGAAGGAAGCUUUGUUUUAAACGAGUGUGAAGAACGUUGUGAAUGUCGAAAUGGGGAACUUGUCAACUGUUACCGUGUGAGGAAGGAUUUCAUUAAAAUGGACAUCCUUGAAAGACGUCGUUUUCUCGACGCCUACAAAAUCGUUUCAACGUAUCCUAGUUUCAGAAAAGACUACAGAAGAGUAGUCGCUUAUCAUAUCAUGUACACCCCUACCGAAUUGCUUCACGAAGGCCCGGAAAUCUUCCUACCCUGGCAUCGGUGGUGGUUAGUUGAGUUUGAAAAUCUGCUGCGCCGUGUUGACUGUCGCGUAACCAUCCCUUAUUGGAACUGGAGUCGAGUCGCCAACCACUGGUGGGGAGGGUUUGGUAAAGAGGACUUCUGGAGCCCAGGCGCGCACGGGCUGGGCGGCGAUGGAACAACUCCAAAUUUGUGCGUUGUCGAUGGACCGUUUAGCGGGGACAAAUGGAGCCUGCUGAAAAUUGGGGGAGGAGGAUGUUUAAAGAGGAAUUUCAGUUACCUUCAUCUCACCGGAGAUAAAGAACAUAUGAAGAGCACUUUAGCUCUGCCUGUAGAAGAGUUUCUGGAAUUUGAAGAAAUACUACGAGAAAUUUACCAUAACGAAAUACACUGGUAUGUCGGCGGAACCAUGUUUACAACCGAAGCUGCAAACGCGCCUGAAGUAGUCCCUCAUCAUUCCUUCCUGGACAAAAUUUGGCUCGAGUGGCAGAAGAAAGGCAAAGAAUACAAGAAUGUGUUCUUUUACGACGUUCCACGGAAGUUCCCAAAGACAAACUACUACGGUUGGCAAUGGCUUGACUCCGAUAACCUUCCUGAUCAAGUGAAAGUUAUGUACGAAGAUUGACCGACGGAUACGUAACCAUAAGUUAGAUAGAGUCUAUACAAGUGUACAGGGGGUCCGUUAUUAUUUAUCACCGGGGAGGGGAGGGGGUGGAGAAUUCUGGGAACAUAUGCUUUUAGGGGGGAACAGAGGGGUGAUCAGUCGUCGCCAACAUAAUAAGAAGGAAGGGACUAUAGAACAUUGACCUCCAAUUAACUGCCAAUGAUGGGAACAUUGAGAGACUCGUGGAGGGAUCAGGAAAAAUUUAUUGUGACACAACCGGAAAUCCUCUAACCCACCCAAAUGUGCUGGCAUGACAUUAAAUUCAAUAAUAAAACUAUAGAUAGCAUUAAACUCAAUAAAUAAAAAACAAGAUAAAAGUU